CUAAUUAUGAAAAACUUUUAUUACAUAGGACUAUUUUGGGAAUUUAGUUUUUGAAAUGUUUAUUUUGCUUGUGAGGUUAUUUUCUUUUCAGGUUUUAAGAAAUCUGGCGCCUCCAUGUUUAGGGUUCCGCCACACUCCCUAUCUGAGACCUCAGCAAUUCAACUGCUCAUCUUUCUCCCAACAUAUGAUUUGAUUUGCUAUACAAUCACUCCUUAAAUGGGAAAGACGAAGAAAUUCAUCGACAAGAAAAAGUCGGCAACGUUUCAGUUGCUCGCUCGAGACUCCUCGGGUCCGAAUUACCAAUCCGGGCCUGCCGGCGACAGAACUUUUUAUAGGCUCGACAAUAAUCCCUAUUCCGUCGACGGUUUCGGUGACGCCGGCGAGACUGACGGCGGAGCGCCGGAUAAUGGCCAUGGUGGAAUCUUCGAUGACGCUCCAGGUGAUUAUGAUUGCGAAGGAGACGACUUCUCCUUCCGGAUUCCGGGUAACCAAGCUCAGAAGAAGCCGUUGCCUGAUCACAUAAGGAAGGAGAUAUUGGAAUUAGGGUUUCCGGAUGAUGGCUACAACUACUUGACCCACUUGAGAGAAAUUAAAAACACUGGCGGGGGUUCGAAUUAUUAUCAAAAUCCAAAAUCUCAGUUCCACCCGAUUCAACAUGAUAUCAAGGCUUAUGAUGCUUCAAGAUUAAAUGUUUCAAAAGUCUGCGAUGAUUAUGACAAUUCCAUUGACACUGUAUAUAGUGUGGCUACUAAGACUGUGGGUGUUAGUGUCCAAAAAGCAAUGGAUCCCGAGGUUGCUGCAAUUCUAGAUGACAGUGAUUUUUCGCACUUUGGAUCUGAUGUUGAAGAUUUAGAUGAGGAUUUUGUGCUUAAGGCAAAUUUGCCAGAAGUUCUUGAUGAAGAAGUAGACAAGGCUACUGAGGUCAGAGAGAAGGGUGAUGUCAGAUUUGAAGAAAAGCCAAGAGUCCGACGUGCAAUAGAUGAGCAGUUUGACAUGCUUGAACUUGAAGAAUAUGGAUCCGAAGGGGAAGAUGAUUGCAUUAAUUUAAUGGAUGAUGAAAAUGAUUGUCAGGCUUCUCUUGCAGAGAAGCUCGGUCACACCUUUAAGCUCUACUCAUUAAAUGAGUCGGAAGUUAAUCAAAAUCAAAUGGUCCUUCAUAAUAAAAAGAUGACAGAUGAUGAGGAGCCUCUUGAUUCUGCUCCUGAUGUUAUUAACCGGUGCAGGGAAUACGCUGAGAAGUAUGAAAAUGAGAGUGAAGAUGAAGAGGCAGUCCUUUUUGAUGAAAGCAGCAGUGAAUCUGAAAUAUGGGACUGUGAGACAGUAGUUUCUACAUAUUCCAAUCUGGACAAUCAUCCUGGGAAAAUUGAAGUUCCAGGUGCACAGAGAAAAAAGAAGCUGGCUACUAUUUCUGAAGUCUCAAAUGCUUCUGCACCCAUUAUUUCACUGAAAGGAAAGGAGAUGCUUCCAGUGGAUUUCUUGCCUAAUAGGGGUAAGGAUGCUUCAGGGAAAAAUAGGAGGAAAAAGCAUGAGAAAGAAGACGAAAGUGAUAAGUCUAAAGGCGAACAAUACAAAAGGAAGCAACAUGGUCAGGAGUCAAAAGAAGAAAAAAAGGAAAGGAAGGCUGCUGUCAAGGAAGAAAAGCGUGAAGCCCGCCGUGCAAAAAAGGACAUGAAAGAGCUAUAUAAAUCUGAAGCACAUCGUGCUCAAAAAGUUGCUGCUUUCACCGGUCCAUCUGGGAGACGUCUUAUGUAACAAGAUUUCAGGAAAUAUUUUGAUUGGCAUGUGGAUCGAACUCUCCCUGCUGCUCAAGUUUUGUACCACAACAGCUCUUCUGCACAGAGAGCUCAAUUUUGGUUGGCUUCAUUAAUGACAUCUCGAAUAUGGUUUUUGUUCAAUCUUAUAUAUAUUGCAUCCUUUAUUGCAUACAGACAUACAGUGUACUAUUAUUAUACAUUAGAUUGCUCCAAUGAUAUCCUUAUGUUAUCAAUAUGUACGGUCGUGAAAAGGUGAUCUACCUGCCUUUUCAGACUUGUGACAAAUACUUGUUCAAUUAGCACUUUGUUAU